CAGAAGAGGAUUCUCCAACAGGCCCCAGAUGCCAUAUUCCCGAUCCUCCUGGAUCGACCCAAUCCCUCACAGAGACUACUAAUUCAGAAGUGACACCCCCUAGAGAUUGUGAUCCCGCCGAAGAAAGUGUUGAACACAACGACACAGAUACUAAAGAGACCUCUUUGAUUGUUGAAGGGAGUGACGAUUACGACGAGGACGACGACGAGGAAGAAGACGAACUUCGCAAUCAAAUAGAGCAUUCGCAAGAGAUCCAAGACGACGAGGAGGACGAGUCUGAUCACUUGGUCAAAGAGGACGACUCCAAUCUUGAUCCCGAGACUGAAGCCGACCAAAGCUGUAAUAGUGGGAGUCACAAUCACUCCAAAAGCCCCUUACUUUCUGAGGAAGAUCUUUAUAUCGAGGAAGGAGUUCGAAGCCUUCUGUGUGAAGUGAUCUUUGAAGAAAGCGGUGAGGAACUCAGACUCGAAGAAGAGGAAGAGCUCAAGGAAGAAGAGGAACGUAGACAAGACCACGAAGAAGAGGACGAAGAAGAGGAGGAAGUAGAAGAAGAGGACGAGGAGGAAGAAGAGGACGACGAAGAAGACGAGGACGACAUGGAUUGGAUGUACUUCAACCCCGACGCUGCCACCUUCAACUCACUUGGAUGCUAUGUCGGUGAGAAGUACAAGGUGGCAGCCAAUGCCAGGGAUACCUUGGUCCUCAUGACCAAAAAAUUGAAGGAAGAAGAUCCUAUCCUGAGAACCUUCCGUCGAGCACUUGGUCACAAUCAAGUGAUUCAAAAAGAUUUGGCACCUAUCCUGGUGGAAACUACCAAUGAUCGUAACACCUUUGGAGCUGCCAUCAGGUUUCUGAACAAUUACUUAACCCCGGUGGAAUGUUUGUUGAGCUUAGAUGAUCUUUCCAAAACUGAAGAAGGGCAACAAACUGUCUUCGAACUAAACCAACAUCUCUCUGAGGCAAAGAAUGUGUUUCUUGACCAUCAGAUCACAAAAAAUGUGCUCGAUUUCAUGACCAAGGAACUGCAAAAGAUUCAAGAGUUGACCGUCAAAUCAGCGAGUGAGGAGGAUAUUGCCAUUGCCAGUCAAAGGAGUAUCAAUGAUUGUCUCAUUUUGCUUCGUAAUGUAUUGCAUAUCCCUGACGACACUCCAAGUGGAAGUUCAUCACCAAGCUCUACCUCUUCAAAUCAAAAAACCACCCGACAAAGUCAGAUCUUGUGGAACCUUUUUUCAGCCAAUCUUGACGCAGUGGUCAUGAAAAUUAUUGGACACAAGAAGCUUAAGAACUGGUGUACAAUUUUGACCCAAGUGAUUGCGCUCAUUUACAAAGACCAACAUGUAUACAAUCUGCAGCGACUUUUGGGCCAAUGGCUUGAAACAGAGAUCUCAGAAAGCUCCGAAGAUAACGAGUCAAAUACGUCUCCGCAGGAUCAAAACGGAUCUUGCUCGUCACCAGUUUUGACAUCCGCCGAAACGGAUGAUUCUUCCGACGGAGCUCUCAACGGAAGACAUGGGAACUCCGACAAAGAAGGAUCAUGUCAAGCUGAUGCUUCUUCGUGCACUGAUUCAGGUCAUGAGACAAAGGUCGAUGAUCGAUCCAACUCUACAAAAUCUCCUCCUGGAUCCACCAAAUAUUCCGACGAGGACACGACUUCAGCUAGACCCGCGGGUAAUAAAACAUCUUGUCCCAAGUCGGGAGGAAGUGGCACCAUCAACAAGAACAAAAACAAGGCUAGCCCUUCCGGUUCCUCUGGGAAUCAGCAACGCCAAAAACAAGAGCCCAUGGAAUGUUCUUCGUCAGAGGGUGGUUCCUCAGGAAAAGAGCCCCCUUACAAGAGGAUCGCAGUGGAACAAGGGAAGUCGGGAAACUCUUUCUCGCACUCCCCUCAUCAAAAGAACGGAAAGAACUCUGGUAAUCCAGCCAAAGGUGACCAAGGUCAAAGCAAUGUCAAAUCACAUGGAGGAAACAACAGUACUGAGUUGACAACUCCAGUCUCAGGGAAUGGAAAUUGUUGUUCCACUCAACAGAACCAUAAACGGAAAGCCUCGUCGGUUCUCACGUCCAGUGAUGAUGGCUCUGUGUGUUCCAAUCGUAAGGAUCGGGACAAGAUGUUUAAGAAUUCCACAAACGUGCAACAAUCCAAAAAGAAAUCGCAAAAGAUUUCAACUGAAACCACCAACGUCGAAUCUAAACCCGAAAUGGUUGACAGUGGAAAGAACUCGAGCAGCACCUCAAGCACUGGCUCCAAAAAUAAUGACAAUGGCGAGAAGGAUCAAUCCUCCUCGUCGGCCGAGUCAAAUUCCGACAAAGCCCGCCCUUGUUCGAUGAGAUCUGAAGGCAUGUCAGACUAUGGCUACGUGUCUCAAAGGAACAUGGAAACCCAAGAAAAUGGAUCGUCCACCUCCUCUAAUGACGACGACAACGAGCGAAAAAGGAAAGUGAAACCUCACACCAACCUCCAGAAGCCUCGUCCUCAAAAGCCAAACAUUUCACCGGCCGAGAAACGAGAGCUUCGUAGACAAAAGCUUAUCAAUAGGGCGAAAACCGAGCGGAUGAAGGUCAAAUCCUUGGUCCAUCACAUCCCGACCGAGGACGAUGUGGCUGAUUUGUUGAAGGAAUUCACGGUGGAUUUCCUUCUCAAAGGCUACUCCACACUCGUGGAUGAACUCCGAAAGCAACUUCUGAAUGAUUUCAACGCUCAAAUGGACAAAUCGCAUUUCUUGUGGCUUGUCACCUAUUUCUUAAAAUUCGCCUCCCAACUGGAGGUCGGAUUUGAACUCAUUGGACCUGUGUUAUCAGUGCCGACCAUCUCCUAUCUCACCUAUGAAGGGGUCAGAUUUUAUGAGGAACUCGAGUUAGCUUGUCGAAUGAAGACAAUCGACCUUAGACCGCAUCUUCGCCGCAUGCAUUUGGUCAUCACAGCCAUUCAUGAGUUCAUCCAAACUCUGGAGAACUACUCCAACUUCAAGCAUUUCUCUCAACAAGACCAAGAGUCUUGCAUCAAAAUCCAGCUUUGCUGCUUACGAGUUACAGAGCUCCGUCAAUUGUUCGUCCUCCUCAUUAGACGAUUCAAUCCGAAUGUCCAAUCCUUGCAGUAUUUACACGAUCUUGUCAGCGCUAAUCACUCGCUUCUAGUGAUGAUGGAGAAAGUCAAUUUGGAUGAGGAUUUCAUGACCAACCACCUGCAACAGUUUGCUUCUGUUGAAGUCAUGCGACAAUACGGACUGCUCUUGGAGAAUUUCUACACCAACACGGAUGUUAUCAAUGACGCGAUUUUUACCAUGAUGCAUCACAUCUCGGGUGACUUGAACGCCCCCGAGGCGCUUUAUGUGCCCCAAAUUCUUAAAUCAUUCUCGGAUAUCUGGGAACAGGAAACCGAUAUCUGUGAGGAUUGGUCAGAUCUCAUCGAGUAUGUCAUUCAAAAGUUCAUUACAACCAUGGGCACAAAACCCCAUGCGUGUGCUUCGAACCUUUUGGACUCGUUAGACCCGAAUUCGGACGCCUUGGACGAGAACGGCUUCUCGAAGAACCAAUUAGAUAACCUGUAUUGGUAUUUCUCCCAGUGCGAGAACACCGAAGACCCUGUGGGAGGGAUCAUCGAGAUGUACAAAGCAUCUUAUUCUGUCACCAAAACUCGUGUCUCGGUCAUUCAUGCGCUACUUUCACAAGGGAUCAUCACUCACGCUCAAUACAUGGGACUUAUGUACAUGAAGUCCAUCCUUUCAUGUAAACCUUACCAUGAAGGAUCGGUGGUAGCUGAAGCUGGAUCCGAACACUCCGAUUCUGAGCGACACGAUAUUGAUAUCGGAGAACAUUCCGACCAUGAUAACAAAGGGCACGGAAAUGACCAAGUGGAUGUCCUGAAAGAGCUACUGAAGAAACAAGGCAAAGGAUACCUACUUCAGUGGCUUCAAGGUCUACUAAUCGACGUGUGUCGUGUCAAACUAAACUCCAGCACCCAAACCAAUCCCUAUGAAGAGGAGGUUCUUGAACCCAUCCCCUUUCAUUUCAAUAACGUGAACCAAUCCAUUCCCGUGGUUCCUUGGAAUAAACAACAAGAGUCUGGCCUCCAAACAGAGACCUUCAUCUUGCUUCUUCACAAACUUGGGUUUCACCUUGCGGCCGAUGUGGGCAAAUCGUUUCCUCGAAUUCCACACUUCUGGCCCGCUGAACACAUUCUCAACUUGGCCUCCAAACUUGGUCAUUUACGCAUCGAGGACAUGAGCACCGAAAUGAGUGCGCUCCUGGCCCUCACCUCAGAAGCGGAGAAGGAGGACUUGGCUGAGUGUGCAUCACCCCUUGCCGUAACUUCAUAUAAUAGUCCCAUAACUAGAAUGGACACCAGCGACACGAAUGCCUCAUCUCCAAGAGCAGUGAGCACUGGUCACCCAUCCCCGUUUUCACCCGAAAUCCCACGGAAGAGCAAUAGCGUCAAGUGUGAAGCGAUUGCUGAAGAAAAUCCUGAGGAAUCUGAAUCUCCGCCACUCACGCUUUUUUCCCCAGUCACAACUACGAAAGAUUCCUUGGAUACAUUUUCAAUGCCCACACCUACCUACUCUUGGCUUCAAAUGGCCAUGUUGUCAAAGAACCUACAGAAGGCCUCGUUGGCUUUGAACGCUAGUACAGUCGCAUCCAGUACACAAGCUUCUUCCACCUCUGGUCACGAGUUCAAAUCCCUACCUACCGCACCGCUCAGGCCCUUGUCAGCUUCAUCUGCUUCGAAACCAAUAACUGUGACGACACGUUCCACCUUUGUGGUCCCUUCCACGGGCUUCAACGAAGGGUCCUCUCGCACUUGGUCAGGGAACAGUCCCAGCCGUCCCAGAUCGGCCGAGGUCCCUACCAUUCUCUCCGAGGCUGGGAAUCGUGGCUCAGCCACGCCAGAUCCGUCUGUUAUGAUGACUCUAAUGAAUCAGUCCAUCAAUAACACAUUGAAUCGAAUGCAAAUGCCCGAGGGCGAGGACUAUGGGGGCGUGCCCAGCGAUGACGCUCUCAUGAAAAGCUCAAGUUCUAGGGACAAUCUCCAAUGGAACGCGAGUGAAAGUUAAUGAAACGAGGAGUGGUGAUCCACCCACUCGACUAAACCAAAAAAACACUCUUAAGAAAACCAAGAUAUAAGAUUGAGUAGAUAUUCCAUCCUUUUUUGACUUGGAAAAGAGUGAACCCUUUCAAAACAGCUAUAUGCUUUUGGUGCGUCCAACAGAACAGUUUCAUUAAUAUCAUAACGAUUUCAUGACAAAAGCGAUAGGUAGUCGUUGAUGUUCCAUAUCUAUGUGUUUUUAUUCUCCCUUUGAAAUGUGAUGGUGGCCCAACUUUUACAGUACACGGACUAAUCAAGCAAUCACGCCCUCUCCUUUCAGUUUGUAUGCCUAUUAAUGGAUUUUGACAUCCUUUUUCAAUGCGUAUCAUAUAUUCUUUGUCGACUCCUGAAACAUUUCUCGUUAUCCAUUUGUUUGAGUUAUUACCCUAACGGAAAUAAAUCAUUCGUUGAAUCUCGAAAA